AUGAAGGCCGUCGCAUCUUUCGCUGCCGCUGCAGCCAUCGUCUCCGGAGCCGCCGCUGUGCCCGCUUCCAGCCAAUGGGCCGACUGGGGUGUCAACGCGACCACCACCACUGCUGCUGCUUCUUCAAGCGCCUGGGCCGUCCCGGAUAGCUACACCACCACUGUUGUGACCGCCAUCACCACCUACUGCCCCGAGGCCACCCAGAUCACCCACGCUGGCAAGACCUGGACCGUCACUGGUGCCACCACCCUGACCAUCACCGACUGCCCUUGCACCGUCUCCGUCCCAGUCUGGACCAAGACCUCAACCUCGUGCAGCGAGACCCUCACCACUGAGACACCCGUUGCCGAGGUCUCCUCCGUCUGGGUCUCCUCUGCCUCCUCCUGGGUUGAAUGGGCCUCCACCUCCGUCGCCGUCCCGGCUGUUGAGACUUCCAUCGUGGGCACCCCGGUCGUUGCCACCUCCAGCGCCGCCUGGGCCUACCCACCAUCUUCCACCGGCCCUGCUGUUGCCGUCUACACUGGUGCUGCCAACGCCCUCGUUGCCAACGUUGGCGCUGGUCUUGCUGGUGUCGGUGCCGUUGCCGCUCUCCUCCUGUAA